AAAUGUUUCAGAGAUGCUUAGAAAACAUGAAAAGAGUCAUAAGCAUAUCAUCUGCAUGACUAGUUGGAUGGAGCUAGAAGUGAGGCUGCAAAAGAAUUUGACUAUUGAUAAGUUUGUCCAAGAAGAAAUCAACAAAGAGAAAAGACAUUGGAGAGAUGUUUUGUUGAGGAUCAUUGCUGUGGUAAAAGGGCUUGCUAAGAAUAAUAUAGCAUUUCGUGGAGUAAAAGACAAGAUUGGUCAAGAUGGCAAUGGCAACUUUUUGGGAAUGAUUGAGGUGAUUGCUGAUUUUGAUUUGGUAAUGAUAGAGCAUGUUAGAAGAAUUGAGAAAGGUGAGACCCAUUAUCAUUACCUCAGCAACAAAAUCCAGAAUGAGUUGAUAGAAAUGCUUGGGAAUGAGAUCAAAAAGAUAAUCAUACAGAAGAUUCAACGGGCAAAAUAUUUUUCAGUGAUUCUUGAUUGUACUCCUGAUAUCAGUCACAGAGAACAGAUGUCCCUAGUUAUUCGAUGCGUGGAUAUUUCAGAGAUCUCACCAAAGAUAGAAGAAUUUCUUUUGACAUUUUUGGUGGUUAAAGACAAAACUGGAGAAGGGCUUUUCAACACCCUUCAAGAUGUAUUGGUUAAUCUUGAUUUGAGUAUUGAUGACAUUAGAGGGCAAGGUUAUGACAAUGGGUCAAACAUGAAAGGAAAGCAUAAAGGAGUGCAAAAAAGGUUGCUGGAAAUUAAUCCAAGAGCAGCUUACACACCAUGUGGUUGUCAUAGUUUGAAUCUAGCGCUUUCUGAUAUAGCUUCCUCAUCAGAGACAGCAGUUUCGUUUUUUGGAAUUCUUCAGCGCAUUUAUUGCUUGUUUUCUUCUUCAACAAAUAAUGCUGAAGUUUUCAGAGAUAUCGUGAAUGGUAUUACAGUGAAACCAUUAUCACAAACUCGCUGGGAGAGUCGCGUCAACAGUGUGAAAGCAAUACGAUAUCAAGCACCUCAGAUUCGAGAAGCUUUAUUUUAUUUGGCAGAUAACAGUGAUAAUCCAAGAACAAGAAGUGAAGCUGAGUCUCUUGCAAUGAGUGACACUCAUGGAAUUGGAAAUUUCGAGUUCUUAUUGGGAAUGGUCAUUUGGUAUGAGCUUCUAUUUUCUGUGAAUAAAGUAAGCAAAAUUUUGCAGUCAGAAGAUAUGGAUAUUGGGAUUGCUAUUUCUCAUGUACAAGGACUUGUUUCUUUUAUGAAAAGCUACAGAGAAACCGGCUUUCAAGAAGCAAAAAUAGAAGCUGAACGGAUUGCUAUAGAUAUGAAGAUUAAUCCUGGCUUUUCAGUGAAACCAAAACGUGCUAGUAGAAAAAAGCGACAUUACGAUGAAGAACCUGAAAAUGAUGAAGAAAGCGUAACGCUAACAGCAGAAGAAAAUUUCAGGGUUGAUUACUUCAUCAAAAUUGUGGAUCAAAGUUUGGUUUCCCUUGAGACACGGUUUGAUCAACUUCAAAGUUUCAGUUGCUACAGCAGAAAGAAGUUUUUCAAAGUUGAAACUUAUAAAGUCAUAUCUGCGGUCGAGUAUGUCUCAAGAAAGACUGAAUGGAUUAUCGAUAUUGUCGAUUGAGAGAGCUAUGGUUAAAGAACUUGAUUCUACAUACUUGAUAGAUGAGUUUGCAAAUAAAACUGCAAGAAGAGCUAUAUUUCAAAAAUAAUGUAAUAUUAUGUUUUUUUAUUAUGUUUAUCUUUUGAUAUUGUUUGAUAUUGUUUGACAUUAUUAUUUUAAGUUAUUUUUAUAUAAAGUUACAGGGGCCAAUUUUUUUUCCUCGCUUCUAGUCUUGCAAAUGUCAGGCACGGCCCUGGUCUUAUAUUGCCAAUGUUCAAUAAAACAUGACAUGCUGAAAACUUUG